CGAAAUUUCUGAAAACCUUAAACCACAAUUCAUCUCACAAGUAUUCCUACGCUUCUUUCUCCUUUAACGAAAAAGUUCUCAAACAAUCGACCAAUGGAAGACAAAAACCAAGCAUCAUCGGACGAAAAUCUCGACCAGACGGUGGAGAUUGACUUAUCAAGUACGGUUCUUGAUCUGACCAGCUUCCAGCUCCACGAUCUCAACUCAGUCGAGCUACCUGCAAGUUUAACCGAGUUGGACCUGACUGCAAAUAGAUUAUCGAGCUUGGACCCAAGAAUUUCGCAUCUUUCGAACCUCAAAAAGCUCUCUCUACGCCAAAACCUCUUCGACGAUGCUGGUGUCGAGCCAAUCUGUAACUGGGUUGCGUUAUCUGGCCUCGAGGAGCUGGUACUGAGGGAUAAUAAACUAAUGAAAAUACCUGAAGUCGGCAUAUUCAAGGGGCUUUUAAUCUUUGAUGUCUCUUUUAAUGAGAUCACUUCUUUAAAUGGAUUGUCAAAGAUCUCCAACACGCUCAGGGAACUCUAUGUGUCAAAAAAUGAAGUUUCUAAGAUUGAGGAGAUUGACCACUUCCAUGAUUUGCAGAUUCUUGAACUUGGUUCCAAUAGAUUACGGGUAAUGGAGAAUUUGCAAAAUCUGUCAAACUUACAGGAGCUGUGGCUUGGACGGAAUCGUAUCAAAGUAGUGAACCUGUGUGGACUAAAAUGCAUAAAGAAGAUUAGCUUGCAGAGUAACCGUUUAACUUCAAUGAAAGGUUUUGAGGAUUGUGUUGCUCUAGAAGAGCUAUAUCUAAGCCAUAAUGGCAUCGCAAAAAUGGAAGGAUUAUCGACAUUAGUAAACCUUCAUGUGUUGGACAUAUCGUCAAAUAAGCUAACAUCAAUAGAUGACGUUCAAAAUCUAACUCGGUUAGAAGACCUGUGGCUUAACGACAACCAAAUAGAAUCACUUGAAAGCAUUGCUGAGGCUGUUGCUGGUUCAACAGAGACCCUUGCCACUAUUUACCUUGAGAACAAUCCCUGUGCAAAAUCUUCAAAUUAUUCUGCUGCUCUGAAACAAAUUUUUCCAAAAAUCCAGCAGAUUGAUUCUUAUCUAUUUGCUUAGAAGUCAAAGUGGCCUUGGGUUCUCUUUUGCUUUUUGGUCGUCAAAAGCCUCAGAAAUUACAAUCUUGAUGCAGGCAGUUUGUUGUUCAUGAGAUUACUUGGGAGCCAGAACAACUAGUUUUAGAAGGACAAUGUUGAUGCAAGAUAUUUUGCAUUGCUAGUAGUGGACAAUUGCACUUGUCCUAAAUUUUGAGCCAUUUUAGUUUGCUUUUUGCAAUUGUUUCUGGUGGUUUGAGUCUUGAUUAUUUAUUUCAUGCUAUUUCCCUUAAUUGUUAAUUAUUGAAGAAUUUUGAAGUACCUAUCCUUUCAAGUUUUAAGUAAUUUUGUCA